GAACAUAAGGAGCACUCUGAGAAGAAAUACAGAGACAAAGAGAAGCUGAAGCACAGCAACGGCAGCCCAGACAAGCACAAAGAAAAACACAAAGAGAAAGAGAAGAGGAGAGAGAUUCAAUCAUCCAGCUCAGAUAAGCUGAGAAACGAGAAGGAAAAUGGAUAUGAAAGAGAGACAAGUCCCGCUCACAUUAAGAGUGAACCUGAACAAGACGACGUCUUCACCCCGUCUCCCAAAGACAGCAAGUCUUCCAAACGGGAGUAUGAUGACGAAGAAUUUGAAUACAAGCCCAAGAAAGUCAAGCUACAACAUGACAAAAAGGCCAAAAAGAGGAAACACGAGUAUGAAGAGGACGAAGACGAUGAGGAUGUCAAGCCCAAAAAGAAGACAAAAGACAAAAAAGCAAAAGAUGGAAAGAAAGUCAUAAAGGAGGAAGAGGAGAAGUGGAAAUGGUGGGAGGAGGAAAGAUACACUGAUGGCUCCAAAUGGCGCUUCCUUGAACAUAAAGGUCCAGUGUUUGCUCCUCCAUAUGAACCAUUGCCUAGCAAAGUAAAAUUUUACUACAAUGGAAAGCCACUGAAAUUAAGUGCCCCUGCUGAGGAGGUAGCCACAUUUUUCGCUAAGAUGCUGGAUCAUGAGUACACCACAAAGGACAUCUUCAGAAAGAAUUUCUUUAAGGACUGGAGGAAGGAAAUGACUUCAGAGGAGAGGGCGGCUAUCACUGACCUAAAUAAAUGUAACUUUAGUGAAAUGAGCGAGUACUUUAAGGCUCAGUCAGAGGCUCGCAAACAGAUGUCAAAGGAAGAGAAACAGAAAAUAAAAGAGGAAAAUGAGCGGGUCCUCCAGGAGUACGGCUUCUGCAUCAUGGACAACCACAAGGAGAGGAUCGGAAACUUCCGCAUCGAGCCGCCAGGCCUUUUCAGAGGACGCGGUGACCAUCCAAAGAUGGGAAUGCUGAAACGGCGUAUCAGACCUGAAGAUAUAAUUAUCAACUGUAGCAAGGAUUCUAAGCACCCAAAACCUCCCCAAGGGACAAAAUGGAAGGAGGUUCGUCAUGACAACAAGGUGACCUGGCUAGUGUCAUGGACAGAGAACAUCCAGGGCUCCAUCAAAUACAUCAUGUUGAACCCCAGCUCGAGAAUCAAAGGGGAAAAGGACUGGCAGAAAUAUGAGACAGCACGACGUUUAAAGAAGAGUGUGGAUCACAUCCGGACUCAGUAUAGAGACGACUGGAAGUCAAAAGAGAUGCGGAUCAGACAGAGAGCCGUGGCGCUGUAUUUUAUUGACAAGUUGGCACUGAGAGCGGGUAAUGAAAAGGAGGAGGGUGAGACGGCUGACACUGUUGGCUGCUGCUCACUGCGGGUGGAGCACAUCAGACUUUACCCUAAGUUGGAUGAGCAGGAGUAUGUUGUGGAGUUUGACUUCUUGGGGAAAGACUCCAUCCGAUACUACAACAAGAUUCCAGUGGAGAAGAGGGUCUUUAAAAACCUCCGGUUGUUCCUGGAAAACAAGAAACCCCAAGACGAGCUAUUCGACAGGCUGAAUACUUCUAUUCUAAACAAGCACUUACAGGAACUGAUGGAUGGACUAACAGCCAAGGUUUUCCGUACUUACAAUGCCUCGAUCACUCUGCAGCAGCAGCUCAAAGAACUUACCUGCACUGAUGACAGCAUCCCAGCCAAGAUCCUGUCAUACAACCGAGCCAACAGGGCAGUGGCCAUUCUUUGUAACCACCAAAGAGCUCCACCCAAGACAUUUGAGAAGUCCAUGCAGAAUCUUCAGACCAAGAUAGAUGACAAACAAAACCAGCUGUCCGUAGCAAGGACGCAGCUGAGGGCUGCCAAGGCUGACCACAAGGCUUCCCGGGAUGAAAAAAGCAGAAAGCUUGUGGAGAUGAAGCGUAAAGCUUUGCAGAGGAUAGAGGAGCAGCUGAUGAAACUUCAGGUUCAGGCCACAGACAGAGAAGAGAAUAAGCAGAUUGCUCUGGGAACUUCCAAACUCAACUACCUGGAUCCGCGCAUUUCAGUGGCUUGGUGCAAGAAGUGGAGCGUUCCUAUUGAGAAGAUUUACAACAAAACCCAGAGAGAGAAGUUUGCCUGGGCCAUCGACAUGGCUGAAGAGGAUUAUGAAUUUUAA